UAACGAGUCGCUUCCGUUAUUCUGCUCUUGUUUGUGUGUGCGCGCGCGUGUGUGGCCGUCCCCCAAAUUUUGGCUUCGAUUUGUCUUUUUGCGUGUCCGCUUUUCCAGCCCGGAGGAAGCGAUUUCGAGCUCCGUGUAGCCCCGGAGAGCUGUUCCAGUGCGAGCAAUGGAUCAAGCAAGCAAGGGCGAGCCCCCUCUCCCCGGCGUUCAGGAGUAAAUGGCGGAGGGGUUCGGAAACAAGCAUAGGCGAAAUGAUGUUUUGAUUUCUGUCUUUUGCCCCCUCAGUCCCUUCGCCUCCUUUAUUCCACCUGCAUUGUCUCCUCGCUCCCUCCUUCAUCCCAGCAUGCAUUGCGAGCGGGGCCUUUGUGAUUGUUGUCCAAAGCUCUUUGUUGUCAGGCGUCCGCGGUGGUGACGUCACCCGCGUGACCUCGGCUCCGGUCGCCUCAUGGCUGUGAUGACGUCACGCCCCAGCCUCUUGGCUCCCGGGGGCCGAUGACGUGACGUCACGUCUCCAUGGCGUUUCCGACGGGGAAGGCGGGGCCCGUGAUGCCGGCUCAUCGCUCGGCCGCGCUCGGCAGCGGCAAUCCGCGGGAGAACUUCCGGGGCUCCUCGCUUCAUAUUUCAAAACAAAAGCAUUCACGUCACUGCACCUUGAAUUAAGUGGCUUUGUACUGGGUGAUGACGAGCAUUUUACGGGCAGUAAGGAAGUAAGAGGCGUCUCCCCCCCCCCUCCCUUCCCCCGAGAGAGCUCGCUAACUUGCGAGUGUGAACGAAAAGUCUCGGUUGUGAAAAGGCGACUGAGCGGAAAAGCUCGCGAGCGUCGCCACUUGCCGAGAGGAAGGCGACCUGGAUUCUGCCGACGCCGUCUUCCCGUGGCGAAGAUCCGAAAAACGCUCCGCGAUAGUGCCCGGUUGGCCCGCCCCCAACGUCAACGCCAGUCGGUCGGUGCCGGACGUUGUCCCGAGCUGGUAGGCCGCCGGCGGCCCAGCAUGGAGCGACGGCGGAGGCGAACGUGACGACGGGAGGAACGGCGGACAUUUGGGAUUAAAGCCGCUGUGGAGCAAAACCUGACGUCCGACACACGCGACACACACGACGGUUCGGCGGACGUAGCCGGACACACGCACACCCGGGCCGCCGGCUCGGGAAUGCUCGGUGAGCGCUAACGAGCUAGCGGAGCUUAGCAGCGAACCUUUUUGAGGCUUUAGGCCGGGCCGGGCCGCGACCGUCCGCGAGCGAGCAUGUCGGCGGCCCAGGAUUCUCAGGCGGCCCCGGUCCGCCUGAAGCGUCUGGAGGAGAUGCUCGCGGAGCGCACGGCGCCGGGCUGCCUGAGCGUCGAGACCUUGCUCGACCUCCUCCUAUGCGUGACCAGCGAGUGCGCCAACUGUCCGCUCAAGAGGGAGAAGCACGUCACCGACUUCCUCGACUGGGUGAAACCCUUCACGUCGACCAUCAAGGACCUGCGACUGCGCCGAGACGACUUUGAGAUGUUGAAGGUGAUCGGACGCGGAGCUUUUGGCGAGGUCGCCGUGGUGAAGAUGAAGCAGACGGAGAGCGUCUACGCCAUGAAGAUCCUCAACAAGUGGGAUUUGCUGAAGCGGGCCGAGACGGCGUGUUUCCGCGAGGAGCGAGACGUGCUGGUGAGAGGAGACAGCCAGUGGAUCACCACGCUGCACUUUGCCUUCCAGGACGACAACCACCUGUACCUGGUGAUGGAUUACUAUGUGGGCGGAGACUUGUUGACGCUGCUCACCAAGUACGAGGACCGUCUGCCGGAGGACAUGGCCCAGUUCUACGUGGCCGAGAUGGUGCUGGCCGUGGACUCGGUCCACCAGCGGCGCUACAUCCACAGAGACAUCAAGCCCAACAACGUCCUGCUGGACGUCAACGGCCACAUCCGUCUGGCCGACUUUGGCUCUUGCCUGCGGAUGAUGGAGGACGGCACGGUGCAGUCGUCGGUGGCGGUGGGCACGCCGGACUACAUUUCUCCCGAGAUUCUGCAGGCCAUGCAGGACGACAUGGGCCGCUACGGUCCCGAGUGCGACUGGUGGUCCCUGGGCGUGUGCGUGUACGAGAUGCUGUACGGGGAGACGCCCUUUUACGCCGAGUCGCUGGUGGAAACCUACGGCAAGAUCAUGAACCACGAGGAGCGUUUCCAGUUUCCCACCCACGUGAGCGACGUGUCGGAUGAGGCCAAGGACCUGAUCCAGCGCCUGCUGUGCUCGCGCGAGCGGCGCCUGGGCGCCAACGGCAUCGCCGACUUCAAGACGCACCCUUUCUUCGGCGCCAUCGACUGGGACAACAUCCGCUCGGUCAAGGCGCCUUAUAUCCCCGACGUGUCCUCGCCCACCGACACGUCCAACUUCAACGUGGACGACGACGUCCUCAAGAACCCGGACAUCAGCCCGCCGAUGUCCCACAGCGGCUUCACCGGGCAGCACCUCCCCUUCGUGGGCUUCACCUACACCACCGACAGCCGCUUCUCGGACGGCGCGCGCGGCCCCGGGCGGGAGGGGGGCGCCGACCUCCAGCUGGAGGCCUUCGAGAGGAGGAUCCGCAGCCUGGAGCGGGAGAAGCAGGAACUCCACCGCAGGCUGCAAGAGUCAACGCAGGCUCCGCCUUCGGGAGGGACGGCGAGUCGAGACAAAGAGAUCAAGAAGCUGAACGAGGAGAUCGAGCGUCUGAAGAAAAAGCUGGCAGACUCCGACAGGCUGGAGCACCAGCUGGAGGAGGCGGUCACCCUGCGGCAGGACUACGACAGCUCCGCCUCCAAGCUCAAGAACCUGGAACGGCAGGCGAAGAUGCUGCGGCUGGAGAAGGACGACGUCCACAAGCAACUGCUGGAGGCCCUGGAGCGGCUGAGGACGCAGUCCAAAGAACUGAAGGAGGCGCAUUCGCAGAGACGCUCGGCCCUGCAGGAGUUCUUGGAGCUGUCGGAACGGACGGCCGAGCUGCGCGCCGCCAAGCAGCGUCUCGCCCGCCAGCUUCGGGACAAAGAGGAGGAGACGGACGCCCUCCUUCAGAAGAUGGACGUCCUGCGGCAGGACGCCCGCAAGAGCGACAAGAACCGCAAGGAGCUGGAGGCUCAGCUGGACCAAGUGACGGCGGAAGCGGCCAAGGAGAGGAAGCUGAAGGAGCACAGCGAAGACUACGCCAAGCAGCUGGAGGCCGAGCUCCAGCGCGUCAAGUCUCAACGGGGGCGAGGAGCGGCGGCCGGGGGGGCGGAGUCUCAGCGGGAGCAGUCCCGCCUGAAGGCGGAGGAGCUGGACAAGAAGGUUCUCUUCUACGAGGAGGAGAUGCUGAGGAGGGACUCGGCGCACUCGUCCGAGAUGAAGACCUUGCGCAAGGAGCUGCGCGACGCCGAGACUUUGCAGCUGGCCGCCAACAAGGAGAUCCUGCAGCUCAAGGACAAGCUGGACAAGGACGAGAGGGACAGGCGGGCCGAGAUGGACGACGCCCUCGGCGUCCUGAAGGACAAGCACGAGCGAGAGAAGGACCUGCUGGCGGAAGAAAACCGCAAGCUGAUGACCGAAACCGACAAGUUGUGCGCCUUUGUGGACAAGCUGACGGCUCAGAACCGUCAGCUGGAAGACGAGCUCCAGGACGCGUCCUCCAAGAAGGAAAGCGUGGCCCACUGGGAGGCUCAGAUCGCAGAAAUCAUUCAGUGGGUGAGCGAUGAGAAAGAUGCCCGCGGCUACCUGCAAGCGUUGGCCACCAAGAUGACCGACGAGUUGGAAACGCUGCGCGGCUCCAACCCGGGCAGCAGAACUCUGGACCCCCUGUGGAAGGCGCGGCGCAGCCAGAAGUUGGACAUGUCGGCCCGGCUGGAGCUCCAGUCGGCUCUGGACGCCGAGAUCCGAGCCAAGCAGAUGGUCCACCAGGAGCUGCGCGAGAUCAAAGCCGCCAACGUGGCGCUGGAGAGCAAGCUGAAGGAUUCGGAGGAGCGAAGCAGCGAGAUGGCGUCCCAGAUUGAGGAUCUGAAGAAGGAAAUGGAGGACGGCCGAUUGCGCGGGGACAAAGCGCUAAACCUUCCCGAGUUCCAGGACGCCAUCUUUGAAUACUUUAACACAUCCCCGCUGGCGCCAGACCUGACCUUCAGGACCGGCGACCUGGACAGCACGGCGCUGAGAUCCCAAAGCACGCCGCCCUCAUCCGCCUCGGAGAACGAGGAUUUGAAGGCGUUCUCCGUUCCGCCGAGCCCCUCGCCCACCAACCAAAGUUCAUCGGCGAGCUCGCCGAAGCCCAAAGCUCACCAGCUGAGCAUCAAGACCUUCUCCAGUCCCACGCAGUGCACCCACUGCACGUCCCUCAUGGUGGGCCUCAUGCGGCAGGGCUACGCCUGCGAAGUUUGCUCCUUCAUCUGUCACGUGGCCUGCAAAGAGCGCGCCCCCCUGGCGUGCCCCAUUCCGGCGGAGCAGGCCAAGAGACCGCAGGGCGUCGACGUCCAAAGAGGCAUCGGCACCGCCUACAAAGGAUACGUCAGGAUUCCCAAGCCCAGCGGCGUGAAGAAAGGCUGGCAGCGAGCCUUCGCCGCCGUCUCGGACUGUAAGCUUUUCCUCUACGAUGUGCCGGAGGGGAAGACCACGCAGCCCGGCGCGGCGGCCAGUCUGGUGCUGGAUCUCAGGGACGAGGACUUCUCCGUCAGCUCCGUGUUGGCGUCGGACGUCAUCCACGCUUCCAGGAAGGACGUGCCGUGCAUCUUCCGGGUGACGUCGUCGCAGCCCGGCUCGCCGCUGCGCGCCGCGUCCCUGCUGGUGCUGGCCGAGAGCGAGGGGGAGAAGAGGAAGUGGGUCCGCAUCCUGGAGGGCCUGCGCGGCAUCGUGGCCAAGAACUCCCUGAAGAACCGGCGGGUCCACGUCCUGCACGAGGCCUACGAUGCCUCGCUGCCCAUCAUCAAGACCACGCUGUCCGCCGCCGUGCUCGACCGGGAGCGGAUCGCCCUGGGCACCGAGGACGGACUGUUUGUGGUGGAGGUGACCCGAGACGUGAUCGUGCGAGCGGCGGACAGCAGGAAAGUUCAUCAGAUGGAGCCCAUGCCCAAGGAGGAGAUGUUGGCGCUGCUGUGCGGGCGCAACCGCACGGUGCACCUUCACCCCUGGGGCCUGCUGGACGGCAGCGAGCCCGCUUUUGACAUCAAGCUGACGGAAACCAAAGGAUGCCAGGCGCUGACCUCGGGCCCGCUGCGGCCCGGCGGGCCCCCCUGCCUGCUGGCCGCCGUCAAGCGUCAGGUGCUGUGCUUCGAGAUCAGCCGAGCCAAACCUCACCAGCGGCGGCUGUGGGAGGUGCAGGCCCCGGGAACGGUGCAGUGGCUGGGGAUGCUGCGCCAGCGCCUGUGCGUGGGCUACCCCUCGGGCUUCGCGCUGCUCGCCCUCCAGGGCGACUCGUCGCCCGUCAGCCUGGUGAGCCCGGCCGACCCGUCGCUGGCCUUCCUGGCCCAGCAGCCCCUGGACGCCCUGCACGCCGCCGAGGUGGGGAGCGCCGAGGUGCUGCUGUGCUUCAGCCAGCUGGGCGUCUUUGUGGACGGGCAGGGCCGCCGCUCGCGCGCGCACGAGCUGAUGUGGCCCGCCACGCCGCUCGCAUGCAGUUCCAACUCCUCCCACCUGAGCGUCUACAGCGAGUACGGCGUGGACGUCUUUGAUGUGCACACGGCCGAGUGGGUGCAGACCAUUUCCCUGCGCAAGAUCCGACCUCUCAACGUGGAAGGCACGCUCAACCUGCUCACCUCGGAAGCCCCUCGCCUCAUCUACUUCGGCAGCGCCUCGUCAGAGGGCGACCUGACCAUCCCGGAGAUGUCGGAGCACAGCAGGAAGCUGAUGGUCCGCACUCGCAGCAAGAGGAAGUUCCUCUUCAAAGUUCCGGAGGAAGAAAGACUUCAGCAGCGCAGGGAGAUGCUGCGAGAUCCCGAGCUGAGGUCCAAGAUGAUCUCCAAUCCCACCAAUUUCAACCACGUGGCUCACAUGGGACCAGGAGACGGCAUGCAAGUCCUCAUGGACCUCCCCCUGGUCGGUGACGUGGCCCCUCCCUCCCCGUCUCCCUCCCCCUCCUCGUCUGCCUCCCGUCACACCCUCAUCUCCUCGCCCUCCAACUUUGAGCACGUGUAUCACAUGACGUCGUCGUCGGCCGGCGUCUUCUUGCUGAAAGACUCGGCCUCGUCCUCCUCCCAGCAGAGCCUCCUGCAGCCUUCCUCCUCCUCCUCUUCCUCUCCCUCCAGCUGCUCUCUGGGAAGGGGCGUCCCGUCUUCCUCUCAAGAGGAGGCUGUCAAAGACAAGCCCCGCCCACUGUCCAGCAUCUCCCGCCAUCAAAGGAGCAAAACCCAGAUGACGCGCACGGCCUCAGAUUUUGGGGGAGGAGCUUCAUCUGGCGGCACUGAGGAGGCCGAGCCGGAUUUGGAGCGAGAGGUGACGCCCGCUGUGGAGUCUUGUAUCGACGUGUCCUCUGACACCUCGGCUGAUUGAUUGAUGGAUCGAUUGACUUUUGCGUCUGAAGUGUUGCUCGCCGCCACCGCCGACUCACACUCUGUACUCUGAGCCUUCACUAAACGCACCCACUUGAGCAGGCGCGAGGCCUCCGCGUUGUUUUGCAUUUUAACGCCCUUUUAUUGCGGCAGUCUGUUGCGCUUUUGGCUCUUAUCUUUGGAAUUUUAAGUUUUUUUUGCUAGGAAACGCCGCGCGACCUCUUUUGACUCGAGGUCGUCAGUCCCUAAUUUGUACCGAUGAAGUCUUUUCCUGUCAGACUUUGGCGUGAACAAAGAAAAAGAAAGAAACACUGUAUUGAAGUUGCACAUGGUUGUUCUUUUGAUCCUCCUUGCACCGUUUCUCCCCCCCCCCCCCUUAAGUGUUAACCUGCCCGGUUGGCUGAACACUACUGUUGACAUUUGUUCUUACCCCCCCCACACACACAACAACAACUUGGUCAUGAUGACAAACAAUAAAAGAAUCUACUGAC